CUCAGACCACAAUAACGCUUUAUCAUUGAGGAUCGCCUCUUUUGGGGAAGAUAAUGUAUAGCUAUCUAUAAGUCGGCUUAAUGUGCAUCACUCAUUUCAAUUGAUAAUUCAAUUCGAUUUUCAGCAAGCUUCUUUGAAAAACUAUUGAGAGUGCGACAGUGAAAUUAUUAUUUGACUUUUGUUUGAAAUGCCGGAGACUAAAGGACUGUUGGAACGCCUGAAUGGGGGCGAGACCAUUAUAGUCGCAGAGGGGUACAUAUUUGCUUUCGAGCGGUUAUGUUACGUCCAGGCAGGGCCGUUUGUCCCUGAAGUCGUAGUAGAACAUCCUGAGCUCGUCAGACAGAUGUACAGAGAUUUCGUGCGCGCUGGCAGUGAUGUCGUGCAAGCUCUGACAUACUACGCGCACCGUUCCAAAAUGUCUCUAGUUUCUCGCGCGGACGACUUAGAGAAGGCCAAUCGUCUAGCGCUAAAGAUGGCGAGAGAGGUGGCUGAUGAGACAGGGACAUUGAUGUGUGGUGAUAUCUGCAACACCGGACAAUACACACCAGGGGACGAUGCUAAGACUGCCUUGAUCAAAGACAUGUUUAAGGAGCAAGUAGAAUGGGCGGCAGAGGAAGGAGCUGACUUCAUCGUGGCGGAGACAUUAGUAAACCUAGGAGAAGCUAUGCUGGCUCUCCAAGCUAUCAAGAUGUAUGGCAAAGCUUUUGACAGCGAUUCAGAAGGUUAA